UCCAUCUCGAGCGACAACGACUGCAACUUCGGACUCGGACUCGGACUCCAGCAUCGCUCGAGCUCUGCGUGCAAGGUCGCAAUAUCUCGUAGGCCUGGACUGGACUGGACAAACAUGGCUGGAGCAAGAGAGCCGACGAGCGCUGCAGCAGGAGGCGCGCCAGGGAGCGUGUCGCCGGGAAGGAGCUCCAUCCUGCCAGAGCUCAUAUCUCAAGGUCUGACCAUCAACACUCUGCGUCACGCCGUCUUUCUCUACGUCGUACACACCUACCUGCUGCGUGCAUGGCGUCAUCUUCGAGCGUACGGUGUGACGCCUACCAUCUAUCAGCUGUACACUUCCAUUUCGCGCUUGCUCUUGAGCCUCACGCUCAAGAUCCCCGCAUUGAAGCGCAGGGUGAACAGGGAGCUGGACAGCGCCACCAAGGGCAUCGAGGACAAGCUCAUCGCCAAACCUCCCGCGGGUCUCAAUGUCACAGACACCAACGAGUCGCUGCCGACGCGUGGAAAGAGCAGAGAGUGGUUGCUUCAGGCGCUCGAAGAGCUGCAGAACUUGGAGCUGGCCCCUUCGCAGCAUGGCGAUGAAGGACACAGGGGCACCGAGCGAGCAGAUGGACAGCGUGUGUGGAAGGGAGGCAAGAUCAGCGGUGCCGUGUACCAUGGCGGUGACGAGAUGAGCGAAGUCAUCUCCACCGCCAUUUCCAAAUUUGUUCUGACGAAUCCGGUGAGUGUAGCACGGCACGCAGCCGCAUGUAUGCAGCCACGCGUGUGGUCCCCACUUUGCUCACCCGUGAGUCUGCGAUCGCGCACGUCUUGCUCGCAGCUGCACCCAGACGUCUUUCCUGGCGUAAGACGAAUGGAGGCAGAGGUGGUGUCGAUGGUGCUGAGGCUCUUCAACGCGCCAGCUAGCGGUGCCGGUACCACGACGAGCGGAGGCACAGAAUCGAUCAUCAUGGCAGUCAAGGCAGCUCGCGAUUGGGGUCGAGUCAAGAAGCACAUUACGAGGCCAGAGAUCAUCGUCUCCUCAUCAGCUCACGCAGCUUUCCACAAAGCGGCCGCUUAUUUCAAGAUCAAGAUUGUCACCGUAGAGGUGGACAGGGUGACGCGCCAGAUCAAGCUUGAGCAGGUAAAGAGGGCCAUCAACGGCAACACCGUCUUGCUCGUCGGAAGCGCGCCCAGCUUUGGAGAAGGUAUCAUCGACGACAUUCCUGGUUUGGCUGCUCUUGCUAGGCGCUCCAGUAUCCUGUGCCAUGUCGACUGUUGCCUGGGCAGCUUCCUUGUCCCUUACCUUGAGCCUGCCGGUCUUCCAUCUCAACCCUUCGACUUUCGCGUCGAUGGCGUCACGUCGAUCUCGUGCGACACUCACAAGUACGGCUUUGCACCAAAGGGCUCGUCGGUCAUCAUGUACCGUACAAGCGAGCUGCGUCGCUUUCAAUACUACGUGCAGCCCGAUUGGACAGGCGGAGUAUAUGCUUCUCCUUCCAUAGCCGGCUCGAGACCUGGUGCGCUGAUCGCAGGCACUUGGGCAGCGCUGAUGACCAUGGGCGACGACGGUUACACUGCUUCGUGCGCCUCCAUCGUCGGUGCCGCACGCCGCAUAGAGCAAGCUAUCCGGGACGAGAUUCCGCAGCUGGUGGUCAUGGGCAACCCGAUCGUCUCGGUGGUUGCGUUUGCCAGCGCGGGUAAAGUCAACAUCUACGAAGUGGGAGACAAUAUGAGCAAAAAGGGAUGGCAUCUCAAUGGUUUGGCGACGGACCCACCCGCUGUGCACAUUGCCUGCACGCGUCUGACGGUUCCCGUAGUUGAUGACUUUAUCAGCGACCUCAAGGCAUCCGUAAAGGAAGCGAGAACGCGAUCAGCACAGCCUGGCUCCAUGGCCGUUCUCUACGGACUUGGCGCCAGUAGCGCCAUUGGACCUGGACUGGUGACUGAAAUGGCGUCCAGAUUCAUCGACACGCUGUACAAGCUAAGGUGAUCAAUCAGGAAUCAAGAGCGCUCGAAGGUGGCGACCUGUCCCGCUCGCUGGUAAUUGUUGCAAUUGUAAUGUCUUGCGUCAUACUUUACAU